AUGAGCACCGAGGCCAAGAAAAUCAUCGCUGUUGUUGGAGCCACUGGCACCCAGGGCUCCUCCGUCGCCCGUACAUUCCUGAAGCUUCCCAACUGGAGCGUUCGAUGCCUGACGCGAGAUCCAACAUCCGACAAAGCCACUGAACUAUCUGGAUUGGGUGCCGAAAUCAUGAAAGCGGACCUGGAAGACAAAGAAUCUCUCCGCCAAGCAUUCAACGGUGUGCAUGCAAUCUUUGUCAACACAGACUUCUGGCACCCGUAUCGAAAAGCGCUAGCCGCAGGUGCUGAUAGCCUUGCCAGUGCCAAGGAAGGCUACGAUGUGGAGGUCUCUCAUGGAAGAAAUGCCGCCGAUGUGGCUGCAACUAUCCCAACCCUAGAACGAUUUGUAUACUCGGCGCUGGGUCCCAUGAAAGCCGCGUCUGGUGGAAAGUACUCGCUGUCAUAUCACUGGGAAACCAAGGCAUACAUCGCCGACUAUAUUCAAGCCCAGCCCGAGCUUGCCAGGAAGGCUUCUUUCAUUUACAUCGGAGCCUACAUCACCAACCCAUUUCUCUAUCCCAGAUUCCAGCCUGAGAGCGGGGAGUUUGUGUCAGUGAUCCCAGCAAAGAAAGAGACCAUGAUGCCAAUAAUCAACACGGCCGAGUCAACAGGGCCUUUUGUUCGAGCUUUGGUGGAGGAUGAGGAGUCUGGAACCAAAUUGCUGGCGUACGACGACUAUCUCAGCCUUCAAGAGAUUACGGAUGCCUGGUCUAGAUCUCUGGGAAAGCAAGCCAAGUUAAUCUCAAUGACUAUGGAAGAAAUUAACGAGAAGAUGGGGGUUCCUCUGGAAAUUCUUCAUGGCCCUGCUUUUAUAAGCGAAUAUAGCUAUUGCGCGGGUCUUGAGAACGUCAUUGAGCCUGGUCAGCUCAAGAGCCGUGUGCAACAUCAGUCGUUUGAGGCCUGGCUCAAGGAGCAAGAUAUCUCAGACUUGCUUGGUUUGAAGAAAGAGAAUCGUUGGGAUGGCCGGGUUCAGUAA